AUGAAGAAAAAGGACUCCCAAAAGAAACGCCAUGUGGUCGCGUGGAUCAACAAAGCGGAAUGGGAUCAAGUACGUGAAUAUCUUUAUUCCAAAGAUUACGCCUUGCAGAAGAUUGCACUGCAUAGAAUAUCGGCGUGGAAAGCAAGGUACGCCAACAGUACUCCAGUGGCAAUGGACUGCACCGCGGAUCUGGUGAGGUGUCAGGUGCUAGACCGUUCCGAAAAGCUGGACUCUCAUGACUUGGCUCUUCUCUAUGGCGCUGCCUUGGUGAGGUUUACCAACUUGAUUACCGAACGCCAGCAAGGAAAAAUUGCCCGCCCGUUAAGGAGACUGGCCGGGAAUUUAAACAUUCCAGAAUGGAUCGUCAAUCUAAGGCAUGACGUCACUCAUCGCAAACUCCCUGCCUUGAAAUGGUGCCGAAAGGGAUGCGAAGUGGUUCUGGAGUGGCUGCAGCAGGAGUAUUGGUCCAGGCAGUUAGGAGGAGUUUCCAGUGCAGACUGGGAGGAACAGACUGAUGGAGAGGAUGAAGAGAUGGACCUGAAAAAGCAUGAAGAUGAGCUGAUUGCGAGGCAAAAGGAACUGGAAGCGUACAAGAAUGCAAGGGAACUUCUAAUCUCAUACGAAAAGGAGCAGUAUAAUGCUUGUGGGAUGCUUGAAGCAAAAGGAAACGACACAUGGCCCGACCCGAUGGCUGAUAUGAACUGGAUAUUAGGUGAGAUCAAACAUUUUUCCAUGGAGUUUGGUGAAUUGCUGAUUGAUGUCCUCUUAGAAGAUGGCUUUCUAAUUCCAACAGCCGAACAGCUGUCAUCAUUAAGUUGUGACACCUCUGACAAUGAGUUCUUUUGUCCUACUGAGCCCAAACUCCCUCCAGUGUUUCUUCGUUUUUGGCUCCCCCUGCUAAAAACACUUAACUCGCAGUCCUUCAUUCAUCUCUUCCUGGAGAAACUUUUUGCCGAACUGAAACUUGCCUCCUGUGAGCAAGGCACACACAGGAUGAUGUUCAUUUCUGGAUGGAUUUCUGAAGUCAUGCUCUGUAACAGUAACAAAAUUGAUUAUCAUUUUGAAACAAAGGCACAGAAGAAAGCCAGAAUGAAGGACAAGAUUUUUGUCAACCGCAUCCAGCUGAGAUGGCAACAAUUGCUGUCAGCCUGCUUGGAUGCUCCAUGUGCCAGCACGCCUCACCUGCUCUACUUAGUCCUGGAGGACAUGGAGCAUCCGCUACCUAUGGAAACCCAGCAGAGGCUGCGGCAGCUCUGCUCCAUCUACACUCAGACAGAACCUUCUGAACCUGACGUGGAGCAGCGACCAAGGCCUAUUUACACACUGGAGAGUUUACAUGAAAAGCUUCAGCGAUCAAAGCGCCAAAGCCAGUCAUCGCAGGUGCAUACGCAGAAGAGGCAAACGGGAGAGGAAAACAAAUGGUCGGAUGCAGAGAUUGAAACGGCAAAAUUGCUCCGAGGGUCUCCGUGGCAGUUGUGCAGCGAUCAAGUUUUGUGGAAGAACUACCCUCUUGGAAAAGUGCCUGGUCAGUCAGAUGAGCCUUCGUGCCUGAUGAUGGAAAAUUACUCAGUAAUGACCGUGUAUGAGCAGCCUGUGGAGUUGGAGAGCGGCGAGCCUCAGGGUGUUUGCCGACCUUCUGCUUCCAUGAGGACAGCUGAUGGUCAUCUUUGGAGCCACACGGACCUCAGCAAGCUUAAAACUGGACUACAACUUUUUUGA